CGGUAUAUAAGCCCCUACCAAGUGCCUGGCUACACAACCAUCAACCACCUCAGUCCUCCUGAACAGCAAGUCAGCUAGAUCUCAGUUACAUCAUUCAAUAUGCGUCACUCUGCUAUUGCUCUCGGUCUUCUGGCCACAUUGGCCGUCGCUGCACCCAUUCAAGAUUCCACUGUCGCAAAACGUGCAGAGAACAUCGGAAUCUACCGCGACGUCGACAUGUAUCUCGACACCGUUGAGAAGCGAGAGGAGCUCUACGCUCUUGCGCCUCUUGACACUCUUGAGAAGCGUGACGAGGAUCUGGGCAUCUACCGCGACGCCGACAUGUACCUUGAUACUGUUGAGAAACGCGACGAUGACAUGGUCUAUGCUGAUGCUGUCAAUGGCCUCAACACUGCUGAGAAGCGGGAGGAGCUCUAUGCUAUUGGACUUCUUGACACGGUGGAGGAGCCUUAGAAAUCGGGAUCUUGUUGAUGACGUAUCUGUCCUCGUGGACAGGGGAAAUGAGAAGGAAGUGGUGCAUGGAUGAUGCCAGGAGUGUGGAGCAUGGUAGAG